AUGCUGCUGCCUACAGCAGGUGUUUUUCAGCGUUUUCCCCAUCAAAAAGCAAACGCACUGGUUUUUCUUUCUUUCAGCACAGCCAUCGUUAUGAAAAAAUCAUUUAUGAAUUUCGGAAUCGGUCUUCAGUUGGGGUUUUAGCUUGUAAUUCUCUGUCAGUUUGGCUGUGGCUAGGAAACCACCCAUAAUCAAACGGCCAGUCUUCUCAGAUUUAUUUAAAUAAUCGUCGUAGUAAACUCAUAUUUUACUAAGAUGUUCAGAAAUAUGAAGAAUCUAGUUGUCCUCGCUUUUUUCUUGUUUUUCGCUGACGCUGUGUUUGGUUUUGAGACCGAUGGCGUGAAGUCGAUAUCAGUGAUGGAGGGAGAUUCUGUCACUCUACACACUUGUCUAAAUCAAAUACAAAAAUAUGACACAAUACUGUGGAAGUUUGAAAACACUCUCAUAGCUCAAUUCAACAAGGCUUCCCAAACGUUCUCGACGAAAGAUGGUAAUGAUGGGAGAUUUAGAGAUAGACUGGAGUUAAACACUGAAUCUGGAUCUCUGACCAUUAGGAACAUCAGAACUAACCACUCCGGGUUUUAUAAAGUGGACAUGAUCAGCACGAGCGGCUCCUCAAACAGGAGAUUCAAUGUGACUGUAACUGGUGUGUUUGAUCCAGAUGCAGAUAAAUUAAAGCCUGUGUCAGCAAAGGAGGGAGAAUCUGUCACUCUAAAUACUGAUUUUAAAGUACAGAAAGAUGAUCUGAUGCUGUGGAAGUUUGGACGAGCCACAGUCGGAUGCAAAUAUAAUCCACUUCAUCAUGUCCCGUGUCAAAGUGAUGUGACUGCAAUCGCUAAAAUUGAUGGAGAAACCCGUGAGGUCUCAUCAGAUACUGGUUACAGUGAGAUGUUUAAUAAUAGACUGAAAAUGGACAAACUGACCGGAUCUCUUACCAUCACAAACAUCAGACCUGAACAUUCUGGGUUUUAUAUACUACAGAUUAGUAAUAACACUGGGACCAAAUACAGGAGAUUCAACGUUACUGUUAGUGCCGUCACGAAAUCCCACUCGCAUGUAGUUUGGAUGUCAAUCGCUAUAGUGCUUUUGUUGAUGGUGGCAGUUUGGUGUUUGGCUACGGGCUUUAAAAACAGGCGCAACAGGAACUUUUUGUUCGGGAAACUGAGGUCAAAUAACUGCUGUCAAUCUACAGGGGCGCAGGAACCGGAAUCAAUGCCAAAGUCAGUGAUAGAGGGAGAGCCUGUCACUCUCAACACUGAUCGUACUGAACUACAGAGAGGUGGUGUGAUAGAGUGGAAGUUUGGAGGCAGCGUCAUAGCAAAAAUCAGCAGAGCAGCCAAUAAGAUCUGUCAGAAGACUUAUGAUGGUGCUGAUGAGAGGUUCAGAAACAGACUGGAGCUGGACUGUAAGACUGGAUCUCUGACUAUCACAAACUCCAGAACCACAGAUUCUGGAGAUUAUCAACUACAGAUUGCCACCAAUGGAAAAGUGGAACUAUACCGAAAAUUCAAUGUUUCUGUCUUUGAUUCGAGUCAAAACAUACCUAAAGAGUCAGUUGAGUCUCCUUUGAUGAGUGAAGAGAUGGAGUUGGAGUUGGUAUAAUGCUAUUAACAUUGAUGAGAAAUGUGUCAUAUAUGCAUAUAUGUUAUUUGCCUCUAAAAAGUUCUACACCCAUGAAUGACCAAGAACUCGCCAUAUCAGAAAUGUUAUGUACAUAAAGUGCAGCUAAUGUAUGUGAAUGUUGUGUUUUUGUACAUAUCCUUGAGCCUGUGAUGUGUUUACCGACAUGCUUUUGCUGAAAUAAUACAUUUUAUUUACUUGUGUCUAGCACUGUAAUUUUCUAAUUGAUAUGCCUUUUUCUGUGAGCGUAUAAAGUACUUAAUCAUAUCUAUAAUGCACUUUGUAUGACUGUUUAACCAAAUAAUAAUAGAAGACACUACGGCUUUAGCACUGCUAUUAUGAAACACUGGAAAUACAGCAUUGUUGCUUUAUUUUUUUUACGUUUGCUGCUCAGUGAAUAAAUGUGGGAGAAA